AUGAUGUGGAACAGAACGAGCGCCAAGAUAAGUUGUCCGCGACAGUGGCGAACUUCACCAGCAUCUACGGUUGCUUUGCUACCAGUAAAUGCGUUACGCCUGUAUGCUCUGAACCCAUGUCCCACCGUCGAGGUACAACCUGUCACAGCUGAACCACAAGAAUAUAACGUUUCCAAUUCCAGU